AUGCUUUCGAAGAGGUCUGUGCUUUGGCUUUUGCCAUUCGCAUUGAAUCUUGUCAAAGAGACAGAAGCGAAUACACCUCUCGUCCCAUUUGCAUAUGACCCCCUUCCGUUGGGUAGCAUCACUCCGAACGGCUGGUUGAAAACCGAACUUGAGACCUCUGCUGCAGGUCUUGGUGGUCACUUAUAUGACUUUUAUCGCUUUGUCAAACAUUCAUCGUGGAUUGGUGGAGAUCAGGAAUAUAGUGAUCUGAAUGAAGCGCUGCCAUACUGGGUGAAUGCGCUCGUACCCCUCGCAUACACAGCACAAGAUGAUCGUCUCAAAGCACAAGUCCACGACAUUGUUGACAACGUUAUUAGUCGAAUUCAACCCGAUGGUUGGAUUGGCCCAGAGACUUUGGAUGGCAAUGAACGGAUGAUCUGGGCUCGAACUCUGCUGUUCCUCGGCUGGAUGAACUUGGCAGAUGCGAAUUCCACCUACGAAACACCAAUCGUCGAUGCGAUGCUUCGUUUCAAUGGACUUAUGAAUACCAUGUUGAAGGAUAACGGAACAGGAAUGAUCUGGCAUGAAGGUGACAUACCCUCGGCUGAUGAUUUCCUUUGGUUCCGCGCUCGGGCGGAGGAUAUGAUGGUCAGUGUUCAGUGGCUCAUCGAUAACCAUCCACGGAAUCAGACCCAGAUUUUGAUGGAAAAUCUUGAUAUGAUGCAUCAAUAUGCCUACAAGUGGGAAGGGUGGUACACUGAGCAGACCUAUAUUAAGGAAGACUUUUAUGAUCUCCCCCAGUCCGUUACAGACGAUAAUUGGCAGUUUUUACAUGGAGUGACUAUUGCGGAAGGUCUGAAAUAUGCCGCCGUUCUAAGGCGAUCUACUUUCAACGAUAGCCUUCUAACAACUGCAAUGAACGGAGUAAACUGGACUUUUGAAUACCACGGAUCUCCCAGUGGCACCAUUCUCGCAGAUGAGCGAAUCGAUGGACUCAACCCGUACUAUGGGUCGGAGCUCUGCACAGAUGUAGAGACCAUGUACUCUCUCGCAUACAACUACUUCGCAAUCGGCGACCCAUAUUAUGCCGAUCGCGCUGAGCUGGCGGCGUAUAACGCUUUGCCUGCGGCUCUUAUGGGCGACUGGUGGAGUCACCAAUAUAUGACUGAGCCAAACCAGCCAUACUCCAAGGAUCUUUCUGCAACACCAUUCUAUGAUGACAACUCACUGGCCAAUACGUUUGCACUUGAGCCAAACUAUCCUUGCUGUACCGUCAAUCAUCCACAGGGGUAUCCGAAGUUCGUUCUUUACUCAUACGUGAAGAAAGGCGAUACAGGCCUUGUACAUGCUCUACUCAGCCCGGGAAGAGUGCAGACUGAAAUAAGCGGGAAGACAGUGUCUGUGAACUGUGAUACAGACUAUCCAUUCGAUAACACUCUUUCUUAUACCGUUGAUAGUGACACCGAAUUGCAGUUGUAUCUCCGGGUACCCAACUGGUCAACUGGAGUCACAAUCGAGGGUCUAGACACCCCUGCCACAGACAGCAGCACUGGCCUGAUGCAGUUCGAUAUCCCAUCCGGCAUAACCAAAUUUAACUACACCAUCGGAACAGAACUAGUAGUGACACCCCGUGCAAAUGAUACCGUCUCGGUCUAUCGAGGGGCGCUUCUCUAUGCCUUGUACAUCAAACCUGAUAUCUCGCCCGGUCCACCCAAAUUCUACAAUAACCAGUCCGAAUACCCAGCUGGAACCUACCCACCUCAGGCUCAGGAUUAUGUUCUUCUCAAUACAACUGAAUGGAAUGUUGCGAUUGACCCAACUACUCUGGCUUAUAAUCCUGGUUCGGGACCUCUUCCAGAGCCUACCUUCCAGGAUGGCGCUCUUCCAAUGUCCAUGACUGCCACAGGCUGUCUCAUUGAUUGGCCAAUGUUUUUGGGAGCCGUUCCUGGGUCGCCCAUCCCGAAGAAAGAUAGAACGUGCUUAGGGGAUGCUUUUAACGUCACGCUUCGUCCUUAUGGUAGUGCAAAGUUGCAUAUGUCUGAAAUUCCGACAAUCGAUCUGUCUGGAAAUUGA